CCGCCAGCGAUCGCCCUUUGCGUCGGCCGUCUCUGCCUUUGCGCUCCCUCGUCGCAUCGCUUUCUCGCACCUCUUGUUCGCCGAGCCUAUUCGCGCCUUCCGCUGCACCUGCGUUGCCUCAUUGCUUCCCCACACCUUUCCGACCACCGGCCUCCAACACAGAUCGAUAACACAAUGCUCAAGAAAAAGCACAACUUUUCCAGCAGCGAGGCUGCCUCGGCUUCCCAGCCCUCCACUACCUCCAGCACCGCUGCCGAGUCUCCGGCGGCUGCCACCCCAACCCAUGAGGGGCCCACCAAGAGACGCUUCUCGAUGCUCACGCUCACUCGCAAGUCCUCCUCUCCCCAGCUCGGCUCGCCUCAACCCGCUUCGCCUCAGUCCAAGGGCACUCUUGGCAGAAAGCUCUCGUCCAUCUUCCGGCUCAAGCCUGCCGAUGGCACCUCCAAGGCCGAGGCAUCCAGCCCAACCCAGUCCGAGGGCCGCCAGGGUGCCGACGCUGCCGCUGCUUCGCCGGACUCGCUCAGACAGGCCCUCAAGGAGAGACUUGUCGACCGUCUGCGCAAGGUCAAGAGUACCCUCGAGCUCCGGGCCAACGCCGAGGUCCACAGGAGCGAGCAGUCGCCCGUCUCGUCAAAGUUCACUCUCUCCCGCAGUGGCUCGCUGAACAAGACCACGUCCGACAUGCACGCCGGUGCCGGCGAGGCCAGUAUUACUCGCAAGCCGUCCUGGGUCGCCUCGAUGAAGCGUUUUGGCGUCAAGUCCCGCCCUUCGCUGCCCCAGGUUCUCGGCACGGAUGCGGAUCAGGUUCAGGUCAUCGUUGACUCUGACCUGACUUCCCAGCCCGCUGCAACGGCUGCUGUCGGAUCGCCUGCUACUGAAGCAGAGAGCCCUUCGGGUGUCCAGGAGGUCGCUGCUCAGGACGAUGCUGCUCGGGAUGAGGCCAUCGUCAUCCACGACAGAACCGAGCCACCCGCUGCCGCUCCUGUGGAAACUCAGGUCGCCAAGGCCUCCAACGACGAGCCCAAGCCCACCACCGUCAAGCUGCCGGCCAUCGACCUUGAUGUGAUUACGCCUUACCACGAGUGCUUUGCCGACGACAUUGAAUACGGCCCCCUUUUCUUCACCCGGGCUGUCGGCUCUGCUCCUGCCGGCCAGGUCUUUGCCUCGUCUUUCGAUGUGUACGUUCCGGUCCCUGAAAUUGUUGGGGACAGUAGUGCUGUCGAGGACACCGUUGAUGUCGAAGCCACCGUUGAUGUCGAAGCCGAGAAGGUCGAGAAGGCCGAGCCUGCCCCAGUUGCCGAAGUGGUCAGCGUACCUACCGAGCCCGUUGUCGAAUCUGCUGUCGAACCCGCUGUUGUCGAACCUGCUGUUGAACCUGUUGCUGUCUCUGCCGAGCCUGCUGCCGAGCCUGCCGCCGAGCCUGCCGCAGAGACAGCUACCACUCAGGUCCCCAUCACUGAUGAGACUCCGGUGCCCGAGUCUGCUGCUGAAGCCAGCACGAUCGAGUCUGCUCACCAGAGCGGCUCAGACGACGGUGCCUCCGAGUCCGCCGCCAGCACAACCCAAGGCGAUUUGAAGAUCUCGACCGCACCUCACGAGAUACACGCCUCGAGCAUCCCAGUGCCCUCGUCUCCUUCCAAAAAGACCCUCAAGAAAAAGGCCCAAAAAUUGAGAAAGAAGCUCAACGCCAUGAAUGCGCCUGAUGCUUCCAACUGAGCGCGUCCGCCAAAGUGCAUUGCCGCUUUCGUUUUAUUUUAUAUUUUGUGCUCUUUUCCGUCUCACCUCUUUCGCCGUGCAUCGGCGCUUCUCUUUUGCCCAGUUCUGAUUUUUUAUCUCAUGCACGGCUGGAACAACUUCCGUAGCACACCACCUUUCAAAUGACGGGCGGUACUGACGCCGCAGGAGCGAUCCGGCCAUAGAUGCGCGUCCUGCCAAGUGCAGUCUUCUCGAUAUUCUAAUUAUUAUAAUGGGGUUACCCGAUGGCGGCCGGUGGCUCUUUCGCUCGCCCCCCCCCUCCAUGCGGUAUUUUGAUGACUUUCGGCCCUUGCGGUCAGAUACAGUGUAUUUGUGACGACGCCGGAGCAGCCGAAAUACAGCGUUCACAAAACUACACACCAUCUA